AUGGUCUUGAGAGAGGAAGGCAGCCCGUCGCCCCCAGACCGCCUUUUCAAAAUCAUCACAGUGGGCAACUCCAGCGUGGGAAAGACCUCCAUACUUAAACGAUUUUGUGACGAGAGCUUCCGUCCCGGGACGUCUGCCACAGUGGGCAUAGACUACAGCGUGAAGACUAUUACCGUAGACAAGAGCCAAAUGGCACUGCAGAUGUGGGACACGGCAGGGCAGGAGCGGUAUCGCAGCAUCACCAAACAGUUCUUUCGUAAAGCAGACGGAGUGAUUAUAAUGUUCGACAUCACUGACAUGUCGAGCUUCACUUCUGUCCGACAGUGGCUCACCAGUAUAAAUGAGGCUGCAGGGGACGACAUCGCCAUCAUGCUUUUAGGAAAUAAAACAGACAAGGAAGAAGAGAGACAGGUCCAGACCAACAUGGGAGAACGACUCGCCAAGGAUUGUCAGAUGACGUUUUUUGAGUGCAGCGCUUUCUCUGGACACAAUGUGUUGGAAUCGAUGAUCCAUAUGGCCAGGAUUUUAAAAGAACAAGAAGACAGAGAAAAAGAGAAGACCGUGACGUUGGUCAGUUCUCCUUCUGGGAAGAAGAGGCCGUGCUGUUGA